AUGAAAUAAGAGGCUAUGCAAGAAAUUGAAAAAUUCUAACAGAAUUACUUAUUUGAUAUUACUUUCAACACUAAAGGCUUGGUCAAAUUGUUAGGCUAAAUUAGCUAUGUGUAUGAUAAUCAUGAUCUAAUAUAAUCUCCUUAAUUUUAAGAAAUCAUCAAAAGUUCCAAAGACAAUUUAUAUCAAUUUUAAAACAUAAGGGAAUUAGCCUUACUAUUGAAUUUUUGCUUCAAGCAUUAAUUGGGAGAUGAAAAUCUAUGGUUUGCUACUUAUUAGCACCUACUCAAUACUUAAUCUUAAAUAUAAGUAGAAGACUUACUGUUAAUCUUUGAAUCAAUUAAUGAGUCCAACUUUGAAUAUCUAAAACCAAUCUUUAAGCAAUUCGAAAAUGCGAUCUUAGAAGAAGUACAAAGAAAUAAUCACAAAAUUACUAUCAAGGCACUCCAAAUUUAUCGUAAAUUUUAACCAGACAACAGCAACUUCUUCUAUUCUAUUAAAAAAUAGAUAAUUGAAACACUGCCCUAAACUAAUACUGAUUCAGUUCUGAAUUAUCUUAGGUAUUAUGGUUUGGGCAAUGAGCCAAUUGAAGAUCGAUAAGAGAUCUUAAAUGCCAUUAUGAUUCAUCUAUACAAAUUGCAGAAAUUCUUAAACAAGAAACAAUUGCUUUAAGUCUAUUAUACUUAUGUAAGAACAUAGUUAGGAUCUGAAGUAUUAUAUCGUUUAAUUGAAGAUAGGGUUGCAUUGUUAAUAGAUGAAUUUUAAUUAAAUGAAAUUGAAUAAUUGUUAAUUAUAGCUGCUAAUCAAAAGAACCAAACCAUUUUUAAACAUGCUGAAAGACUGCUCAAAUAAAGAUUGCUUGACUGCAAUCCUGCUGAUCUUGUAUAGAUUGCUGUUCUAUUUAUUGAAAAUAAUUAAGGGACCCCUGAAUUUAUUGAUUCCCUAGAAUAACAUUUAAUCUAAGCCAUUUAUACAACUGAUGAUAUAACAGAAUUACUUUGGGCCUUAGUCUAAAAAUAGCACAAUUCUAGAUGGAUGGAGAAAAUAGCAGAUGCUUGCAAAGAGAGAGUAGCAAAAUUGUCAGUUAAAUAAUUGACUUCAAUUAUAUGGAUGACAAGUGAUUAUUUUAAGAGAUUAACCAAUAAACAAAAGUAAUCAUCUAAAUACAUUGAUUUGUAUGAACUCAUUGAAAAACAUUUAAUCUAGUAUUUUGAAGAAGGAGAAGUUAAAAACAGGGAUGUUGCACUUGUUAUGAAUGCAUAUAUAAGAAAUAUUCCAAUUUCUAAGGAUUUAGUAGAUUUAAUGGAGAUUUAUAUUCUUAAUUCUACAGAGGAAGAACUUUAGGAAUUAGAUGGUUGGAGUGUCUCCCAAAUCAUUUGGGGAUUUAGUUAAAUUGAAGACUAUCUGAAUCUAAAGGAAUUUUUAAACUUUAUGGUUAAAGUAACUAUUGAAUGUAUUGGUGAAAUGAAAAUUGAUGAACUCUUUACAGUUUUGAGAGUUUAUGUACAUGAGAAAUAAGAAACUGAAGAAAUGAUUAAAGAGGCUAUUGAAAAAACCAAUUUUUGGAUGGAUUAAUUAGACCUUAAUCAAGUUUAUUUAGGAAUUCAUAUUUUCACUAACACCUAAUUUACAAAUCUUUAAGGAAUUAAUGAAUUAAUUAAGAAACUUUUAGAUAGGUUAGAGUUCUUAAAGUCCAUAAAACCAUAAGUAGAUCCAGAUGAAGAGGAAGAAAUAGACCAUGAUAAAGAAUAAAAAGUAAGGCUUGAAGUAGAAAAAUAUAAAUAUUCUUGA